GGGCGGAAGUGCGUCAGGUCGCAGUUGUCUGGGCACGGCGGAUGUGUGUCGUCGCCGCUUAGGUGACGCUGGGAAGUGCUUGCAGCCCCCGCCGCUGCCUCUGGGUUGGAGCACUAUGGAGGGAGAGAGGAAGAACAACAACAAGCGGUGGUAUUUCACUCGGGAGCAGCUGGAGAACAGCCCCUCGCGCCGCUUCGGCGUGGACUCCGACAAGGAACUCUCGUACCGCCAGCAGGCGGCCAACCUGCUCCAGGACAUGGGGCAACGUCUUAACGUCUCACAACUGACCAUCAACACUGCUAUAGUGUACAUGCACCGCUUCUACAUGAUUCAGUCUUUUACACAGUUCCAUCGAUACUCUAUGGCUCCAGCAGCCUUGUUUCUAGCAGCGAAAGUGGAAGAACAGCCAAAAAAACUGGAACAUGUCAUCAAGGUAGCGCAUACUUGCCUCCAUCCCCAGGAGUCACUUCCUGAUACAAGGAGUGAGGCCUACCUACAACAAGUUCAAGACCUGGUGAUUUUAGAGAGCAUCAUUUUGCAGACCCUAGGGUUUGAACUAACAAUUGAUCACCCACACACACAUGUGGUAAAGUGCACCCAGCUUGUUCGGGCAAGCAAGGACUUAGCACAGACGUCUUACUUCAUGGCAACCAACAGCCUGCAUUUGACCACAUUUAGCCUGCAGUACACACCUCCUGUGGUGGCCUGUGUCUGCAUCCAUCUGGCUUGCAAGUGGUCCAACUGGGAGAUCCCAGUCUCAACUGACGGGAAGCACUGGUGGGAGUAUGUUGACGCCACUGUGACCUUGGAACUUUUAGAUGAAUUGACACAUGAAUUUCUGCAGAUUCUGGAGAAAACUCCAAGCAGGCUGAAACGCAUUAGAAACUGGAGGGCAUACCAGGCGGCUAUGAAAACUAAACCAGAUGACCGAGGAGCAGAUGAAAACACAUCGGAACAGACAAUCCUCAAUAUGAUUUCUCAGACCUCCUCAGAUACAACUAUUGCAGGCUUAAUGAGCAUGUCGACUACUUCUACUACAAGUGCAGUGCCUUCCCUUCCUGUCUCUGAAGAGUCGUCAGGCAGUCUGUCUAAUGUGGAUAUGCUGCCAGGCGAGCGAUGGCUGUCUGCCCAACCUCCUUUUAAACUCGAAUCUUCUCAGGGUCAUCGGACUAGUGAGAAUUUAGCACUUAUUGGAGUUGAUCAUUCCUUGCAACAUGAUGGCUCGAAUGCAUUUGUUUCCCAGAAGCAGACUAGUAAGAGCGUGCCAUCAGCUAAAGUUUCACUUAAAGAAUACCGUGCAAAGCACGCUGAGGAGUUGGCUGCUCAGAAGAGGCAGCUGGAGAAUAUGGAGGCCAACGUGAAGUCACAGUAUGCAUAUGCCGCCCAGAAUCUCCUGUCACACCAUGACAGCCAUUCUUCGGUCAUCCUGAAGAUGCCCAUUGAGGGCUCAGAAAACCCUGAACGUCCUUUUCUGGAAAAGGCUGACAAAUCAGCUCUGAAAAUGAGACUCCCGGUGGCUAGUGGAGACAAAGCAGCCUCCUCCAAACCAGAGGAGGUAAAGAUGCGCAUCAAAGUCCACUCUGCAGCUGAUAAGCACAAUGCCGCAGAAGACAGUAUCACCAAGAGCCGGGAACACAAAGAAAAGCACAAGGCUCACCCGUCCAAUCACCACCACCAUCACAAUCACCAUUCACACAAGCACGCUCACUUACAGCUGCCUGUUGGUACUGUGAACAAACGUCCAGGUGAUCCAAAACAUAGCAGCCAGACCAGCACCUUAGCACACAAAUCCUACAGCUUGUCUAGUACUUUGUCUUCUUCGAGCUCUACUCGUAAAAGGGGUCCCCCGGAAGAGACGGGGGCAGCAGUGUUUGAUCAUCCAGCCAAGAUUGCCAAGAGUACUAAAUCCUCUUCCUUGAAUUUCCCCUUCCCUCCUCUUCCUCCAAUGACCCAGUUGCCUGGGCACAGCUCAGACACAAGUGGCCUGCCCUUCUCACAGCCUAGCUGUAAAACUCGAGUUCCUCAUAUGAAACUGGACAAAGGCCCUCCUGGGGCUAACGGUCACAACACAGCUCAGUCAAUAGACUAUCAAGACACUGUGAAUAUGCUCCACUCCCUGCUCAGUGCCCAAGGUGUUCAGCCCACUCAGCCCCCUGCAUUUGAGUUUGUUCAUUCUUACGGGGAAUAUAUGAAUCCACGAGCUGGUGGGAUCUCCAGAUCUGGCAAUACAGACAAACCUCGACCACCACCCCUACCAUCAGAACCGCCCCCGCCACUUCCCCCUCUUCCUAAGUGAGAACAACAUGAGGCGAAAACUUAAAAAACAAACACCUUUUGUUUUUGGGUUUUGUUUGUUUUUGUUUUGACUACUGAUACUGGACUACGAAAAUUACAUCCCUUAUGAAAUAUGUCACCCUUGGACUAAGGAAUAAAUUGAUAUUGAGACAGGUGGGAGGGUGGUGGAGGGCCUCAGUUAUUAUAUCUGCUGCCUCAUACAUCUAUUUUCUUAUAGUUUGUACUGGUAUCAGAGAGGUAGGAUUAUGUUGAAGCUGUGAAGGAUUAAGAACACUCUGUUCUUGGCCUCUCCUCAUCCUGAUGAGGUUGAUUGGAGUAGUUAUCUUCCCUCUUCUUGCCGGAACUGAAACAUGGGGGGUAAUCAAGCAAUUGUGUUUAACGUAUCAGAAGAGAGGAAGUAUUUAAACGUCAGAUCUUUAAGAGACUUUUAAAAAGUAAUUUAAAGAAAGUAAGUUAUCUGUUUAGUUUUUUUAUAUAAUCGGGAAGGGGAAGGGAUUUUGCUGUGUGUAUGAGGUACAUAGCAAUGACUGGGGGUGGGGAGGAGGGUGGGAGUGUGCAGGGUGGGUGGGAGGGUAGGCUUUGGCCAAGAGUGAAAUAGGCUCAGGCCACUUGAAGUAUUGAGACCUUUAAAGUGUGUGUGUGUGUGUGUGUGUGUGUGUGUGUGUGUGUGUGUGUGUGUGUGUGUUUUUAAAAAUCAUGUUACCUUUUUCUUCCCACUCUUAACCAUUUUCACAUCCCAACAUUCUACUAGAGAGCAUAGUUGGCCUGAAAACAUGAAGAGGCAUGUAUUGAUAUUGUAAAUCAUCCCCAUACUGCAGCACAUGUUUAUGUUGUAAUUGAGUAGUGGCCCUCUAGUUUGUAGUUGGGACAGAUGUAGCCAAUGACCUGACUCUCUAGCACUAUUAUGAAAACUUCCCUUUUACCCCUUUUUGUGUUUUCAAUGCAGAUGGAGGUGGGAUUGAGGAAGAAACUUAUAGAGCAAGGCCGGCUUCUGCCCUACAGAAUUGGGCCUUUUCAGGUUGGGCUUUGGGAAAGCUCAGGUCUCUGAAGGGAAGAAGGGUGUGCUUCACAUGUCCUGCCUGUCGGGGACCAGACCAUAUGUGGUGAUAGGUUUGGGAGAAGCCAUUGAGUUACGAUACUAAAGACAAUGAAAUUGUGAUUUGGGAUUCUAAGACUUUGCAUUUUAAGUUACAUUAUGAAUGUAAUUCUUGCUUUUUAUCUGUAUAUCUAAUGGGAAACAACUGCAUACUUGUGAUCGCAGCCUGUAUGACUUCAGAGACGAUGGGACUUUAACAGCACUGGUGUAAUGAGUGAGCAAGCCUGGCCAACAGACACUUGUGUUUAGAUUGUUUCUUUUGGGUGGCUUUUGAGGCUAGACAGAGAUUCUUAAGAGUCCUGUUUUUUAAAAAAAAGUGGAUCAGGAAUGCUGUUAUGGGGCUUGAUUAUUCCAGAUAUUAGGGAAUAUUUUUGAUGAAGGAAACCUUUGAAGAGAUAAUGGCUAGAAAAAAAAAAAUUCAAAGCCAAGCUAUCUAACUGAAAAUGCUACCUAGCCACAGAUCAUUGCUAUUCUUUGGUUCAUUGCUUGAAAAAAAAAUACAUAUAUAUAUAGAUAUAUGCACACACAUGCAUAUGUGUGUGUACAUUUUUUUGCUAUGGAAAAGAUGGUGCUAUGAGAAUAAUUUGUCUCUUGUUUUAAUUAGUGAAGCUUUUGUCAUGCCAAGUAGUCUUUAGGGAGAGGUCAGAUUCUUUUCAUUCAAAGUCAUAGGGAAACAGAAGUUGUACGGGUGCUGCUUGCCAAGAACAGACUAGGAAAACACUGAGGCAGUUACUAUUGAUGUAAUGGCCUAGUAGAGGAGAAUGUAUAGGAAGAAUAUAUCUUAGGGUGACUUUGUGGUUAUUAAUCUGCAUGUUUGAAUUGUCCGGAGUGCCUGCCUUUGCUGUGUAAAACAAGGAGCUCCUUGCUCAUCUAUAAGCCAGUGAUAUUUCUUGGUAUGCAACUUUUCAAGUGACAUUUUCUUUCUUCUUGGUAUUUCCUGUGUUGUGCAAGAUAGAUGUGUCAUCAUGAUUACUAAAUUUAGGCUUGGUAUUUAUUUAGACUUUGUUUCCCAUCCUGUCCUUCUCAAAAGGGAAUGUGCCAUUUAGUUUGCAUCUGUAUCUGUGAGAUCGACAAUAAUUGAUUUGGGGAAAUGUUCUGGCUUUUAAUUACUCUCAUUAAUGUCACAUAUUUUCUAAUCACAUGCACCCCCUUACCACAAAGGCUGUCAUAUUUGCUGUUGUAGCAGUUCUUCAUGGUAAUACUGUAGUUAAAUUUCUUAGGACUCUGUCAGUAGUGAACUAGAAAAAAAGUGCUUACUAGAGUCUAAAGAGCUAUUUGAUGCUGUAGUCUGGUCUUUCUACUGUAGAUCAACACUGAAUUUGGUUACUUUAUAGACUUUUCUUGUAUUAUUUCCUUCUGGUUUUGUCUCCAGAUAGCUACAGUGUCUGUUUUUAGGUCUGUGCAUAGUUUCUGAACCUGCUUGUGGGCUCUGCAUGAACUGCUGCAUUGUUUUUGGGUUAGCAGAUAUACCUGCCAGCUAGCAUGCAUAUUGUGCAGUUUCUGUAUAAAUAAGGCUUCUCAGCCAUGUGUGUGUCUCCCACCUUCAGACCUUCAAAGGUUGAGAAGUAGUAUUUGUCUCUCUAAAGUCAGCCUUGUAAACUGGCUCUUUGUGUUUUCUUUUGAUCUAAACUGUCAAGAAGUGACAGUGGUAAGCAGGCUUGGAGCCUCAACUUCUGUAAAUCUCACGCCUAGAAUUUGCUUGACUCUAUGUUGGCAGAAAUAAAUACCUGUGGAUUGUCUUUAGGGCUUUUAAUCAUACCUGUGUUGUUGGCUAAACUCUGGUGAAUCAUUAACCUAAAACCAGUGUGGUCUUCUGAAGUAUCCAGUUAUGCCUUUGGGUUUAGAAAAAUACCUAAAUACUAGUCUACUUUUCUCAUUCAUGAAUCAUUGUGUUUUUGUAUCUGAGACUCUCAGCAACCUUUCCUUCUCGUAAGUGAUUUUAGUGUCUUGGUUUAGUGUAUCCCACAUAUUUCUAUAGUUAGUUAGGUUCUCCGGCAAUGAUAGAAAAACCGAAUUCUCCAAUUGCAAACAGCAGUAGAUUUGAGUAUUGAAACAAAAUCAUGGUAACAUCACUGCUGGGUUUCCUGAAGCCUUUGCAACCUAAUUCCUCAUUACCUCUCACACCUUGCUUCUAGACAAAGGCAAUUGGAGGGGUCCUGUCUAUCCUAGUAUGGUUGGAAUCUACAUAUAUGCGUUUCCAUUAUUUUGGGAACUGAUUAUUUUUUAAAGAUUUUUUUCUUUUGUUGAUGAGUUAUUUUGAUACUCAUGCUAGGAAAAGUGAGAAAUUAAGACAUCUUGAGAUUGGAAUGCCUAUUUUAUUUUAUUCUCCUUAGUUUGGGAGAAUUUAAGCAGUCUAUGCAACCCAUCAGUUAGUGAGAAAUAGCUUUCCACCAUCCCCCACUGAGCUUUCAACGACUCAUACCUCCCCAAAUGUCUUGGUGUUGAUUGAGUAUUGGAUCUUGAUGGUUUAGGAAGCAUUCUUUUUGCACCAAGCUGUCAUUUAUUUCUUAUUCCUCAGUGGAUGUAAGUUUGAAAGAAGAAUGGUACUGUAAUCUUACUUGAUGGAGUAGUCUAAAUUCAGAAUUGUUUUCUAAGUGGGUAAGCUCUCCGUUUUAAUAUAGCUAAAGUUUUUUUAUAUGAACUUGGCAAUGGAAGGAGAGGGAAAAGAAUGUUUAAUAAAAAUCAGUGUCUGCUCUUUCUCUUUAUGAGUGAGUACUCCUGGUUACAUGAGGAGAAACUCAUGGGUUUUGUGUUGCCAUGCCAAUUGUGGAGAGGGAUGCUUGACAGCAUGUUAAUUGAAGCCAGAGCAAGUAUGUCUCCCAUCAGGUGAUGUGGAAAUGCCAGUGGAAGCAGAGGAAGUGAUGAGCUGAUGACCACAGUAAAAUCACAUAGAAAAUAGAAGUGCUGUCUGGCCUAAGAACUCAAAGAAAACAGUUACUGCAGGUGUAACUUAGGGUUCUGAACUGAAACUGAUCUGUAUGAUCUUACUUUCCACACAUAAAACUGUCCAUUUUCUUAUCAGACCAAAGAACGAAAAGAAAAAAUAAAAUGAAAAACAAAGUAACACACUUUACCAGUUUAUGUCACUCAGGUACAAUUUUGUGGUUUUUUGUUGUUUUGUUUUUUGUCUGAUUUUUGUACUGCUCAGCAUAUUAUUCUGCUGUUGCCUCUGUCCUCCGUGGGGCACCUCAGUUUUGGGUGCUACUCCUGGGAUCUCUACUGCUGUUAGGUGAAUGAUGAUAGGAUGUAAGUGACCAUUAUCAUAAGGGCUCUUUGUAAAAAACUUUAAAAACUCAAAAAAAUUUUCAAGAAGGAUAUUGUAUACAUUUUAUAGUCUGGCUCUCAGUUUGAUAUCUUGCUGUCAAGUAUGUUUCUCAAUCUGUAUUUAUCCAUCCCAUCAAUAAACGUUAAUGAUAAUAAA